CGCUCAUCGCUGUGUAGUCUUCAACUUGUACUCUCUAACAAAAGCAUUGCUACUUACGUCCUGGCGUUUCUUUCCUUCCCUCGUACGACACACCUUUUGAAGAAGCUUUCAAUAGGAGGGGUGGCUGGGAUAAGGAGACAUUAAGGACAUUCAGACGUUUGAAUUUCCCGCCACCCCAGCUACAUCCGGACUCCAAACUCCAAACUACUCCAAAAAAAUUAUAGAAUUCGGCUCCAUCAAUGGAGAUUACUUAAAAACUGUUCAACAAUAAUAAAGUACUGUGAUAAUGUAGCAUAACAUUUCAUAAAAGUACAAAAUUCGAUAUUAAGAAAUGUAAAUAAGAAUUUGAGAUAAUUAUAAUAAGAAUGAAAUGUUAAUAUUUUGAGAAGAAGAAGUUUAUCAGUGUAUAACCUUAAAGCACUACUUGAUGUUGGUAAACAAAUGUUUAUAAAGCGAAAUAAUAAAGGUAGUUAGUUAAAAACAAUUGUUAAAAUGUUUGCUGCAACUCUCAAAUGUUCCUCAUUGUUGGAAAGAAAUAUGAAAUUAGUUAGUUAUAGUGUUUAUUUCAAUUUUACUAAUUCUGAAAAGCUCAGUCAUACCAAAGUAAUUUUAUCUAAAAUGAAAAUCAAAGAUAAGAAGUCUAUUUUUAAAGAGUCACCAAUACUUUUCAACAAAGAUUUGAAUACUGGAAAAGGUAUUCAAGAAAAUAUUUCUGCACUCCAAAUGAAAAAGAGGCCUCUACGGAAGAAAAGAUCCAUCACAGAAGAUGAUGAAAUUCCUAUACCAGGAUUUUGGACUGUAAAAGCUGUGACUACUGCUGAGGAGUACGAUUUAGAAGAAUUAAUGAAAGGACUGCUUUUACAAAAUCUUUAUACUCCAACUGAAAUACGUACAUCUGCUAAGCGUCUUCCUGAUGCCAUCCAAGCUUUAGCUAAAUAUGAAGUAGGAAAUGAACCUAGAGAAAUUUAUUUUUUUCGAGAAGGAACCACUGUAAUGUGGAAUAUUACUGACUUAGAGUGUAGUAAUUUACUUCAAUUCUUAAGACAAUAUGAGGAUACUAGUUACUCAAAUGACCUAGUUCAAGCUGAAGGAGAAUUAAUGAAUUAUACUUAUGCAGAACAAGAUAAAAAGAGUCAUUUGAAGGAAGGAGACAUAUAUCUUGCACCAAGUUCUAAUCUUGAUAAAUAUACAUUUUCCAAUGCCAUAUCACAAUCAGUAAAACUAGGAAUUUGGGAAGCUUCAUUAGAUCUCUAUGUAGAUUCUAUAGAAUUUAUAACAGAGGACCUGAAGAAAGGGAGGAGAAUUAGAAUGACUAGACAACAAGUUUUGAGGAAGCAAGGAGAACUUUUUGCAUUAAGGCAUUUGAUUAAUUUGAGUUCAGAUCUUUUAGAUACACCCGAUUUUUAUUGGGAACGUGAUGAAUUGGAAUCGUUAUACCAACAAACUUGCGCUUAUUUUAACAUAGCAAAGAGAACUAGGGUAAUGAACGAAAAAAUAAACCACUGUGUUGAAUUGGUGGAGUUGCUUUCAUCCCAUUUGAGUGAUAGACAUCACAUCCGUUUAGAAUGGAUGAUCAUUGUUUUAAUUAUGGUAGAAGUAGGUUUUGAAGUUUUACAUUACUUGGAUCGUUACUUAGCAUUACAAAAUGUAUAAUCGUGGCAGUUUUAAGCGGCUGCAAAACUUCUUAACUAUAGAUUGACAUUGGAACAAAUUUAAUAAUUUUGUUAUUCGCUAAAUGUGAUUUUUAUAUAAUUUAAACAACCUUAACUAUAUUUUAUAAUUUGUUUUUAUAUAAUCUACUUUAUUUUUACCGUAUAAAAAUAAUUUUUUAUAAUGAAGUCGUUAAACUGGUAAUUUAUUAUAUCAUUAUUCUAUAAAACUUAUAAUUUUCAAUGCGCAUUUAUAGAAGAACAUUGUAAUCUAGGCGAUAUGAUGUAAUUUUCAUAACAUUACAAAUUUCAAAAGUUGAACAAUUAUUUCCAAGAACCAGUAAAUUUAUUUUUUCAUUUCCUUUUACAGUUAAAAUAUCGAUUUACAAGCUAAUUUUACGUUUAGCCCAACGACAGGAAUUCGCGCAUAAAUGGAAAAAAUUGUCGAUAAAAUAAAUUGCAACUCGCACCAAUUAAUAUU